AUUAUGUGCAGAUGAGCCACGUUCGGGUGUGGCACUGAGCAUCGCCGUGAUCCCGAUCCGCCACAGUGACCAUGCCGGCCGUUUCCAAGGGAGACGGGAUGCGGGGCCUGGCCGUAUUUAUCUCCGAUAUCCGAAACUGUAAGAGUAAAGAAGCUGAAAUUAAACGAAUUAACAAGGAGUUGGCCAAUAUCCGAUCCAAAUUUAAGGGAGAUAAAGCCUUGGAUGGUUACAGCAAGAAGAAAUAUGUCUGCAAGCUGCUUUUCAUCUUCCUGUUGGGCCAUGACAUCGACUUCGGGCACAUGGAGGCCGUCAAUUUGCUCAGCUCCAACAAAUAUACAGAAAAACAAAUUGGCUACCUGUUCAUUUCAGUGCUGGUGAACUCCAACAGUGAGCUGAUCCGCCUCAUCAACAAUGCUAUCAAGAAUGACCUGGCAAGUCGCAAUCCCACCUUCAUGUGCCUGGCCCUGCAUUGCAUCGCCAAUGUUGGCAGCCGUGAGAUGGCAGAGGCCUUUGCUUCUGAGAUCCCCCGUAUCCUGGUGGCUAGUGAUACCAUGGACAGUGUGAAGCAGAGUGCUGCUCUCUGCCUCUUGCGCCUCUACAAGACUUCACCUGAUUUGGUGCCCAUGGGAGAAUGGACAUCACGUGUGGUGCACCUUCUGAAUGACCAGCAUAUGGUAUGUUAUCCUCUUCUGAGUUCCAUUAUUGUGUCUUCAGCCUCCACAGACCUCCAGGACUACACCUAUUACUUUGUGCAAGCCCCAUGGCUCUCAGUCAAGCUUCUGCGCCUGCUACAGUGUUACCCACCCCCAGAAGAUGCAGCAGUGAAAGGGCGCCUGGUUGAAUGCUUGGAGACUAUCCUCAACAAGGCUCAGGAACCCCCCAAGUCCAAGAAGGUCCAGCACUCCAAUGCCAAGAACGCUAUCCUUUUUGAAGCCAUCAGUCUCAUCAUCCACUAUGACAGUGAACCCAACCUGCUGGUACGUGCAUGCAAUCAACUAGGCCAGUUCCUGCAGCAUCGAGAGACCAACCUUAGAUACCUAGCCUUGGAGAGCAUGUGUACUCUAGCCAGUUCUGAAUUCUCACAUGAAGCUGUCAAAACCCACAUUGAAACUGUCAUCAAUGCUCUAAAGGUCAGACUUUGAAAUAUGCAGAGCAAA